CCAGCCCAUAUCUGCGCACAACGCCUAUCCCCCAUUCUCACAGAACACACCCACACACACAAAACCCAACCCAUAUCCGCGCACAACCACGGUGUUAACCCCUCGCAGACCCACAAACCCUCUCUCUCAAGCAUACACACAUCAUCACAUAUUAAAUGGCGAAUUUGAGAAGGGCUCUGUUGAAUAACAUACCUCGCAUCCUUAAUUCCACCAAUCGGAGCUCCGUCGUCCCCUCGCCGAUCCGCUCGGAAACUCUUUACAGGCCUUCUUUUUGUCCGUUUUCUCGUGUCUACUCGUCGAACGAUAAAAUUCAGUCGCUAGAUAUUGAUCUGUCAAAUGAAGAAAGCAAAAGGCGCUUAUGUAACAGGCUAUUAUAUAGGAGCAAACAAAGAGGCUAUCUUGAGUUGGACCUGAUUUUGGGAAAAUGGGUGGAGGAUCAUAUCCAUUCUAUGGAUGAAAAUGGAAUUAAAGCUCUGGUUGAUGUCCUUGACCUGGAAAACCCAGAUCUGUGGAAGUGGCUUACUGGACAGGAACAACCUCCAGAGGCAAUAAACACAAAUCCUGUGUUCACUGCAGUUCAUGAAAAGGUGGUGCACAAUCUCAACCACCACGCUGCUCCUGAGACACGGGCAACGCCUGGGCAGCCCUGGGUGAGAGGUUGGGAUGAUUUCAAGAAAGGUCGCAACAGCCCUAUAACUGGGAACCAGUAGCUCUACUCAGGCUAGAAUGUUUUCUAGAAUAGUGUAUGCUUCUGUUGCAAUUACAUAGUGAUAUGGGGCAAACCUUUGGUACUGUAUUUUUACAAUAGUAUAACUCUAAAUAAGGCAAAAAUGACGUUGCCAAAAUGUAAAAAUCAUGCCUCUUGACAGAUGCGUUAUUAUUGAAAAUGCAGUUUAUAUCAAGAAAGGUGUAGCAAAAAUGCAUAAUGUCAAGCUUUGUGCCUGUGCUUUGCUAUCAUAUGGAAAUUCUUGUAAAUUUUAUACAUUCCAAUUUUUG